UACGUCCAUGUCUAAUUCUCCGCUCCUGCCCGGGCCAACGAUAGCGGCCACCCGCCCUCUAAAAGCUCAAGUAGGCGGCCAUGCAGGCAUUGAGACAACAGAAGACGAUUCCCUUUUGAUCAAGCCAGCCCUUCCUCGUGAAAUUGAAUUUUAUCAACGAAUCGCCGCAGCAGGCGAUCACGAUGAACUCUCGAAGCUUAGAAACUGGACCCCAAAGUUUCUGGGCGUGCUGAAGCUCGAGGGGCAACUCAAAGAUUCAAAUGCAGUUGGCGAUGGAAAUAUGGAAAUAGUUCCCGUACAUGGCAAUAUAGUGCCAGAGGAUAAAGAGCGCCUCGUCCUUGAAAAUGUUGCGUACGGCUUUGUGAAGCCUUGUAUUCUGGAUGUGAAACUUGGGACCGUCCUCUACGAUCAAGACGCGCCUCCUGAAAAGCAAGCGCGUAUGAUCAAAGUCGCUCAUAAUACUACUAGCGGAGAAACGGGCGUUCGCUUCACAGGAUUUCAGGUGUACGGUAAUGACUCUUCCGAACCUAUCUUGACGCCCAAGUCGUACGGCAGAUCGAUCAAGAAGGAACAGCUUCCUGACGUCACUGAGAUGUUCUUUCCCGUCUCGUCUGCACCUUAUCCGUCACCACCGAACUCUACUGAGACAUCAGAUUCAGACGUGUCAAAGCCACAAUCUGGUCUUCCUGCUAUCCUCCUCCACUGCGUUCUCACUACACUUCAAGACGACCUAGAAGAAUUGAAAGCUACCAUAGCGAACAUUGAGAUGCGCAUGGUAGGUGGGAGUAUUCUCAUAGUGUACGAGGGAGACUGGGAACGUGCAUGGAAGACGCUUUCCAUGCCUUCCGGGACCGCCACGACUGAAGAAGAAGAAGAAGAAGACGACGACGACGACGACGAAGUAGAGGUCGAGAUAGAUGAAAACGGACAACUUGUUCUGGAGUCUAUACCCGACGAAGCGAUAGAGGAAGAGGAGGAACACCAAGCUCUUUUGUGUUCCCUUUCUCUCAUAGACUUCGCACAUACCCGACUUAUCGACGGGGCAGGUCCCGAUGAGGGCGUGUUGAAGGGCAUACAGACCAUGAUCAAUCUUCUUAGACAGCGGAAGGACAAGAUCGCGGCGAUGCUGCCUACGUGUGAUGCAUAACUUUAUGAAGAACUCCUAUUGGGUCUCGAAAGGAUCAAGCUAUGAAGCAAUGGAGAGUGGAAAGCAUUAAAUAAUACAUUCUGUUAUGGAUAGGCUCGCUAUGGUGGCAGUUGAGCAUCGAGAGACGACUGGGCGCUCAUUUGCUGUACCGUAGCGUAUUAAGGGUAUCCCAAAUGGGGAGUCGCCGCACAACCAGAAAGCCGGAGCUGCCGAAUCACUUCAGCACAAUUCAAGUACGUAUGCAGACAUCGCACGAUCGUCCAUAGUCACAGCAAUGAGAUAG